UCACAUUACUACAUUUAAAGGAAGCAGAAUGCCAAUAAGUUCAGGUGUAGGGCAUAUUUUUUUAAAAAUCAUUUGGUGUAUAACAAAAAGAAUGUAAAAGCAAAAAUAUUUUCCAAAGCCACAACUGAGAAGGAUUUAGAUGGUUAUUUUUGACCUUGUUGGCUGGUGGCAGAAAGUAUUAAAUUAUUCUACUAUAUUAAAGUGGAUUUUUAAAUAAUCAAGUUCUAUUUAAAGACCAUGGCCAUAAGGAGGAAGAUGACAGGACCUUGACUGAGGGCUGUAACCAAGAUCAAAAUUUUAGUAUGUGACCUACUUCACAUAAGUAAUAAACCACACUGCUGGGUGAGUGUAGAUCUGGUAUUGCACAUUUUAAUCACUUUUACGUUUUGCACUGCGUUGUUCCCUUGACAACAUGGUGUACAUUCAUUUAUUUAAACUGCUUUAAAGCAGUUUAAAUGGGACAUUAUGUAGGAUUACUAUUUUUUUGUACACAAUUUUUGCCUUUCUCAUCUCCACAAACGUAUUACUUCAUAAAUGGCUUUUGUUAUAUUGCAUGAUUUUGUUAAGGUAGUUAUUUCACUCGAAUUCGUUAAAUGACUAAUAUUAUUCAAUUAUUUACAAAAAUAUUUCCAAUUGAAAAUGCACACUACAUACAAUCUUCAUCUGUACAUUGAUUUAUUUGUUAAUAUUCUUAUUUUAGGUUAUACCAACUUUACAGGCUCACCGUUUUAAACCAACUUCUAAAAUCUGUCCACUUAUUUAUCUGAACAUUGUUUGUGAAAUGGACAAUUCUCAAAAAACAGAAGGACACCCACAUUUUGAAAGUUAUGAUGCUGUUUAUUAAUAGGAGUAAUUAAUAGGAGUGUUUACGUGAAUUAGCGCUAGACGACGUCUCUUGGUGCCUACAGGAUUUUCUGAGAUUUUUGCAGAUUUUCCCAUUAGGGUAGUUCUAGUUGAGCAGGUACCUCUAAGAGAAAAAUCCAUGAAUAGUCCAUUCGUGUCUUCAUAGGUGGUUAUCCUUAUCCUGAGUGCAGAGCAAAAUCCCCAAUGUUGAAUUAACACCUCCAGCGUUCACGUAAUGUCACCUGAACGUAAACGAACUCCGUAAUGGUUAUAACAGCAGAGCAGGUGUUAAUUCAGUACUGGAGGUUUUACUGUGUGUGUCCUAAGAUAUGUGUCUCAAACGACCUUCAUUCAACUGUUCUACCUUUAAGCGAUUUGCAACUAUAAUCUCAAGUGCAAAUAAAAAGAUGACAUGGUUUCCGUGGAAACCACCAGAGGGAGACAUUAUCCCGUGUUUCUAUCUCUGGCGUACAUAACGGCUUGAUUUUAGUUAAAAACCUUUCCUUAUGUAACCCAUUAUUAUAGUGGUUUGAGUACCAUUACGACUUAAAGAAAUAGAUAUUUAGGAGAAACGUUUGGAACGGGAAGAUUUCUAUUUGUAUAUGUAUUUUAUUUUGUUUAUUACUCAAAGCGAUACAUUGGCUAUGUAAUGCAAACAACAAUACAAACACAUACCCGAACAUGUAAAUAUCGCUAAGGGGAAAUAAAAUACUACAUAAAAAUGUUAGCCUAGUUUUAAUUGCUUUUAGUUUUUAAAGUUAAAUCUCUUCCACUCUAUAAAAAAAUAUUUAUCUUAAAAGCUUGCAUAAACCGAAUGAUAAAUGCUAUACAUUUAAAUAUAAGAUUUAUUAUAAAGACAUGAGCUUGCUUAUCUAUAAUUUCCAAAAUACGAAAUAAUAUUUUUUCAUGCUAAAAUAUAAUUAUCAACAGUAUUGUUAAUAAAAAGGUCUCAGAAUAUUUACUACAUAAUAUACUGGCUGUAUCCACAUUUUGUUUUAAUUUCAUAAGACGGGUUUUAGCUUUUGUAUAUUUUAAGAAUAAUUCAAGAACUGCGGCCUAUAUUCGGAAGUGGCGUCACACGACCGGACGCCAGACUGCUAAACAGGAAAUACGUCUGUUAGCCAAACACGACGGGGCCUCGGUUUUAAGAUUGCCAGGUUACGGCUAACCGACACGCCACCAUGGCUUCAAUCGUCAAAGACACACAGAGCAUCAGAGAGGCAGUAACUUACAUCAAUGCCGUUGACUCCAGUAAGUUCUCCAGACUUCUCAGUCGCAUUCUUCAGAAGCUGCAUCUCAAGGGAGAGCGCUCCUUUAGUGAAGAUGAAGAGCAGAAAUUGCAGACUGCCUUGGCUCUGGAGAAACAAGCCCUUCACCUUGUCCUGGAAACCACGUCAUUCUUAUUAGAACAGGCUGUGUAUCACAAUGUUAAGCUUCCAUCACUGAAGCAGCAGCUUGAAAACAUACAUGUUUCCCCAGACAAAGCGGAGGCGUUCUGUCAGGCUUGGGCCUCGGCUGGCCCUGACAUGGUAGAGAAGAUUAGACAAAGAAUAUUUGCCCCCAAGAAGCUGGAGCACAUAGGCUGGCAGUUUAACCUUCAGAUGGCUCGAUCCUCGCAGGCCAAGCUAAAGGCUCCUCACGCGGUGCUGGACCUGGGAGUCCAAGACGAGGACAAGCUGGAGUGCCAGCAGAACAUUUUUGUGGAGUUCAGCCACCAGGAAUUGCUGGAGUUCUACAACAAGCUAGAGAUGAUUCAAGCACAGUUGGAUUCCCUCACUUGAUGCCAGUGUCAUCCUUAAUGAGGGCAACUGGCCGGUGAAUCGUCUACAUUUUCAGCAUAAAGUGUGGCGCCAUUCCAGUCAAAAAUAAAAGGUUUCCUCAGUUCCUUUCUUUUUGGAUAAACACCACUUUGUGCACACGCCAUCUAUGUAAAUCACCUUGUGUGUAAUUCUCUUUUGUAUCUGCCUGGUGCCAUGCCUGAAUCAAAGCACAACCCUGCCCAAAGUCAUUCUGUCUCGAAGCCCCGAUUGAGUUCCUCCGCUUCGUCUCUGCCCCAUCAUGACGUAAAGCAAGGGAAAUCGUGAGCACCAUCGCUCGCCUUAAGCUCCUCCUCAUCACAUGGUUUCACCACUUAAGUGUGAUGGUGUGAAGUCACACUCUUGAUUGGUUACUAACUGUACCCUAGUGCCUGCAUCAGAUGGCUUUACAGAUUUAACUAUUUAAAUAAAAUUGUUAGAAAUUGUCAUGUGGCAGUGCAUUCAAUAUUGGGAUUUCUUGUAAUGAAUGUGUAACAAAGCCCAUUGUGUCAGUGAUGAAGCAUGUAAUAUUUUUACUAUGGAGUGUAUGAAUAUUCUCAUACAUUGAUCUCCUGUGAGCUGUACCAUGCCAUUGUACAAUUAACAGUUUCCAUGCUGCACGCAUAGCAGUAGUAAUGAACUGAUCUGACGUUAAAUAGUUAGUGGAAGUGCUAACAAUGGUGCUAAUGAAUGUGUAAUGAUGUAAGAAUCUAACUCUGGUUAAUUGUUACCAGAGGUCUUCCUCACAAUUUUCAGUUCACUCCUGUCCUGUCUUAUUUUCGUCUUGGGAUGAAGUAAUGAAUUCUUUAUAAUUCCUAAGUAAUAAUUAAUUGUUGUCAUUGUAAAAAACAAAACAAAAAACAAUACAAUAAAAAAGGAACCCUUAGUUUAUUAGAAGUUA